AUGUUUCUGCCUGCUGCAUUGCGUCCGAGGGCCAAUAGUGAGCCCGUGCCGUUUGCCUUGGCUGUGACAGAGGCGCUUCUGGCGAUCUACCUGGAUAGAAUAUCCGGCAAGUUGCAGGAGGCAGUCCACGAAGCGAACUGGCUAAUCAGAGACUCCGAAACGCGCCAAGAUCAGGCUGGCUCCCUCCAGCUCGAGAAGCUGCGCUUCACCAAGCAGCGCUUGGACUCGGUGCAAUCCCAGGCCAAGAGCUUCCAGACAAUGCUCUUCCAGGCGCUUGAAGACGAGGACGACCUGUCAGACCUCGCCAAGUCGGUUGGACCGACCAAAGAGGAGUGGGAGCUCUGCUUCGAGUACUACUCCCAGAGCGCCGCGGAGGUCGAUGCCGAGGUCUCCGCGCACGCGGAACGAAUCGACGACCUGGAGAACUUUUGGCUGCUGAGGCUGAGUUCAAGGAGGUUGGAGCUGGAAAAGUCUCAGCUGUGGCUGGAGCAGCUCGGCGUUGGGCUGAGUUUUGGCGCCUUCGUUACCGGCAUUUUCGGGAUGAACAUCACCAGCGGCCUGGAAACGCGGCGGCCGAUUUUCUUUUACCGUGCCUGCCUGGUCAUUUUGUUUUUCUCCUGCGCGCUGUCCGUCGGCCUCAAGAUUUUUGUGUCGCGACGGCUGCGCCACCAGGGCAUCGCGGUCAUGCCGAACCUCCUCCAUGGGCGUGCGCCGCCCGAGCGGCGGCGAUUUCUGCGCGCGGCCCGCUCCUUCUGA